UAUCAAAAUCGCGUACGCUAUUCCCAGAUGUGCUCGGUAGCAAAGCAGAAUAUUGUACCUAGAAGCUUCGAUUUGCGGUGAGUGCCAUCUUCUCGAUAGCGACAAAUUCCUAUUCCAAGGAGGAGCGGCUCGCGAUUCAUUGUGGUUUAAGCGGGAGGGAGUCGCAAACAAGCGGCAUUAACGCGCACGGCGUGGUUCGGUGAGCGCUAGCAAGGGGGGGAAGAGACGCCAGCAAGAGACCGGAACGAACGAACGAACGAAGGCGUCAACACUUUUCCGGCAUUCCCGGCAGAUGCUAUUAGGCGCUAGCGGUGUUCCAUCAUGUCUAUGCCAUACUCGCAGCAGUCACAGCAGUCGCAGCAGCAUGGCGGUAUCCGGGGCGGUAUAGCGUCCGGACCGAGUCCCAUAACGCGCUCGAGAACGGUCGAGCCAAGCGCAAUGCACAUACAGAAGAUCCUGGACGAGAAUGCCGGCUUGAUUCAGACGAUCCAGGAACUGCAGUACGUGGGCAAGGGCCCGGAAAGCAUGUCCUAUCAGGUGGCCCUGCACCGGAAUCUGGUGUACCUGGCUAACUUGGCCGAUCCUAUGCAAAACAUCCAAACGCUCCUACCGCCUCCACACAUACUGCAGCAUUCGACGAUGCACGGAAAUACCGGAGUCGGCGGUCCGCCGGCGCACGAUGGCAGUAUGAUUGGGCAAGGGCCCGGCCUGGGCGGAAUGCCGAACUAUGGUCAGACGGCGGGCGGAGGAGGAAUGUCCGGCCAGCAGCAGCAACAGCAGCAGCAGCAGCAGCAGCAGCAGCAGCAGCCCGUCAAUCAAUCGCUUACAAACAAUGGUACCGGUGGUCAGGGAGUACCGGGGCAACAUGGUACACACGUACCACCGCAACCAUCGGUUCAGGGCGUCGGCAUGCAGGGGCAAACCGCGCAACAGCAGUCUCACGGUCAGCUACAGCAGCAGCAGCAGCAACAGCAACAACAACAACAGCAGCAGCAGCAGCCAUCGAACGUGCAAACAAGUCAGAGUGCGGUUACCCAACAUAACCAAUCGCAGGGUGCGAUGAUGGCACAGUCUGGACCGCACGUCGGUCAAGCAGGUGGCCAAACCGGCAACUACCGGUCCGGAGGCCCGAUGCAACCGGUUUCGACUGGUGCCGGUGUCCAACAACAACCCCAGCAACCGAAUGCGAACCAACAGUCCGUAGGCGCAGGGAGCGGUGGUGUCCGUGGUCCACCUGGGUCACAACAACAGCAGCAGCAACAGCAGCAACAGCAGCAGCAGCAACCAGCGAGUCAACCGCUUCCACCCCAAACAGGUGGCUACUCGCAGCGCUCGCAGCACGGCUCCUACAACGUGCAGCACUCGCACUACCCUGGCUAUCCACCACCCAAUCAGCCAUAUCAAACACAGGGCGGAUAUACACCGUACGGACCACCGAACCAAGUGCAGAGCUACGGGCCACCGAACACGAAUGCAUCGCAGAGCUACCAUCACGGUGGUGUCGUGCCAUCCGUCGCUGCCAAUGCUGCUGGGCAGGGCCCACCCCAGAGCUCGCCGUAUCCCGCGGUGGCUGCUGGACAGCAUCCGGGCCAGGUACCGCCCGGUGGUCCCCAGCAGACCGGAUACCAGCAGCAGGUGCCGCAGGGUGGACCGAACGUCGGCUACGGGCCACCGGGACAGCCCCCGGUUCAGUAUCCUCCACAGGGUGGACCGGGUGGGCCGCCCCCACCACCACACGGAUACCCCGGCUACGCUAGCCCGGGACCGAACGCGUACGGGCAGCCACCUGGCCCGCAAGGUCCGCUGCCACCACAGUCACAGUCCGGUGGCUAUCCGACCGCGGGUCAGUCUCCGGGUUACCCACUGCCGCAACCGCAGUAUCCAGCCAGUUAUGCCGCUACGCAAGCACCACACGGUGGGCCACAGAAUGCCGGCAGCAUCUCGACCAAUGCCGGCGGCGUCAACCCGAACACCGUUGGUAGUGGUGCCGCAGCCCAGGUGCAAGGGCCUGGUGUGACCGGAGGCUACGGAGCUCAGCAGCAGCAGCAACAACAACAACAACAGCAACAGCAACAGGGCGGUGCUUCGGCCGGCGCUCAAACAUCGGCCACCAGUGGUACGUCCUCGCCGGUUACGAUGUCUCCGACUACCUCGUCCGGCUACAUGGUAACGCCGGCAGCCAACGCAUCCGGUGGGGCGGCCGUAACCUCUGGUGCUCCUCAAUCAAGCGGUUACAACUCCUCUGCAAGUGUCGGUGGCUACCCACAGCAACAGCAGCAACAACAACAACAACAACAACAAUCAGGAGUUAGCGGGCCGGGAGGUGGUCCGCAGCAACAACAGCAACAGCAACAACAACAACAACAACAACAGCAACAACAACAGCAAACCCCACCGGGUCCACCUGGUCCUGCUGGUUAUCCACAGCACACACCGUAUCAUCAACAGACCGGCUACUCGCCAAUACCGCCUCCGCAAGAUCGCUUCCGUUUUAGGCAGAUUAUCGUCGAUGUUUUGAGAUUUGUGUUACAUCAAGCUCAAUGCAAUGUCCAUCUCUUCGCUGAUGAUCGAUGGGUUGCGAUACAACGGCUCGUUCGUUUGCUCGCUUGAUCGCUGCUUCGGCCCACGCUCGUGUGGUUCUUUAUGGGACGAGGGGCUACAGAGGACAAAUUCAAUCACACCAGAACCACUUCUUACCCUGUUCCUCCUGACUCCCCUCGUCCUGAGGAGACAUACGGUGUCUGUGUACGUCGCAACGGUAGCAGCACUGGCGAGCUGUGUUUCGUUUUUCAUCGUCAUCAUCAUCAUCUGUAUAUUCCACCAUCAGGAAGUUCUUCACAUCGUGCAAGAAGACCAACUUGUUUAACUGCAUUCAGUGCUUUUUUGUUACAAAUAUUUUUCGACAUAACUGCUUGUUUAAAUAAAUCUCUAAAUUGUGUUUCUAGUGCGUUGGUCUUCCUCGUUGUAAUCACUCUGGGAGCACCCAGGCCACAAUGCACCUACCUUCUCGCUUCUUCUCUUUCAGCGGGUAAAGAUAAGCAAAAUCAUACACGAAUGUAAUCGGGGACGCUGGGGCUGAAUGUCAAGUUUUAAGUACUGUAAUAAAAUGGAGAAAAAAAACGUGA